AUGGGCGUGUUACCGGUACCGGCCGAAGUGCGGGUCAUCCUGCUGGACAUCGAAGGCACCACCACCCCCAUCGCUUUCGUCCAGGAGACCCUGUUCCCUUACAUCAAAGACAACGUGAGGGAGUAUCUGCGUGCUCACUGGGAGGAGGAGGAGUGCCAGCGGGACGUGGGACUGCUGAGGAAACAGGCUCAGGAGGAUUCCAGCUUGGAUGGGGCCACGCCAAUCCCUUUGGAGAGUGGAAAUGGGGAAGAGGAGCUGGAGAGGAUCAUCCAGGCAGUGGUAGACAAUGUGCACUGGCAGAUGUCUCUGGACAGGAAGACCACAGCCCUGAAGCAGCUGCAGGGCCACAUGUGGAGGGCAGCCUAUGCAACCGGGCAUGUCAAAGGAGAAAUCUUCGAGGAUGUGGUUCCAGCCAUCAGGAAGUGGCGGGAAGCAGGGAUGAAGGUCUACAUCUACUCCUCAGGCAGCGUUGAAGCCCAGAAGCUUCUGUUCGGAUACUCUACAGAAGGUGAUAUCCUAGAGCUCUUUGAUGGCCACUUUGAUACCAAGAUAGGCCCCAAAGUAGAAAGUGAGAGCUACAGGAGGAUUGCUGCCAGUAUCGGGUGUGCCACCAACAACAUCCUCUUCCUGACAGAUGUCCCUCGAGAAGCCAGUGCAGCUGAGGAAGCAGACACUCACGUGGCUGUGGUGAUCAGACCAGGCAAUGCUGGACUGACGGACGACGAGAAAUCAUAUUACAGCCUCAUCUCAUCUUUUGCUGAACUUUUCCUGCCUUCCUCCACUUAAGGAGAGUGGUGCAUGCAGAAAAGACUGUGUUUCACCUGGCUUGUCCUUGUGUAACGUUAGGUAAUUUUAUCCAUUAUCAGAAUUUUAGACCAAAUCCACAUCAUGUCUUUUACCUGUGACUAGGGCAGGCUGGUACGGAUGGACAGUGUGGUGUGGGGUCCCUCCUGCCCUAC